CCCCCCGCCGCCGAGCCGCGCAGGCCCCGCCCGGGCGCCCCGCCGGGGGCGGCCCCCGGCUCCUCAGUGGCCGCGCCGGCCGUCGCUCAGGCGGCCGCGCCGCUCGCCGCCGGGAUGGACGGUGGGGCGGGCGCCGAGGGGCGCGGGCAGCCGCGGCCCCGCAGCGCCUACAGCCCGGACGGCGCCCGGCGCGGCGAGCCACGGCCGGCCAGCAUAAAUAUGGCUGAACUUUCAGAGCCAGAAGGUACUGUAAAUUGGAAGGAAAGAUGUUUAACUCUGGAAUCACAGUUAAUGAAGUUCCGUCUCCAGGCAAGCAAGAUCAGAGAAUUGUUAGCAGAAAAGAUGCAGCAGCUUGAGAAACAAGUUAUAGAUGCUGAUCGUCAAGCAGAGAGAGCUUUUCAGCAGGUGCAGGUCAUGGAAGAAAAAUUAAAAGCAGCUAAUGUUCAAACAAGCGAAUCAGAAACCAGGCUGUAUAAGAGAUGUCAAGAUCUGGAGAUCCUGAUACAAGAUAAAAAUGACAUAAUACAAAAAUUGGAGCAACAACUUGAAGAACAGAAGCAACUAAGACUGCAAGAAGCAAAAAUCAUAGAAGAAAAAGCAGCUAAAAUAAAAGAAUGGGUGACAGUCAAGCUCCAUGAGUUAGAGGUGGAAAAUCAGAACCUUCGCUUGAUCAACCAAAAGCAAACCAAAGAGAUGAAAACAGUACAAUCUAAACUACAAGAAGCUACGGGCAAGAAAUCUGUUACGUCAACACAAAAACCUGGAGAGUGUCAGCGACUAAGCAGUUUGACUUUUGGAUGCUUUUCAAACAGAGCAAGAAGUCCUCAACCAUCUCCUAACCUUGAAGAAAUAAGCAAGUCUUCAUGUAAAGAGUCCGACUACACUGAAGGCAAAAACAUGAUAGAGAAGGAUAUCCUGGAAACUACCUUUGCUGGUCCUGCACACGAGACCAAUAAAGGUCAGAAGUCAUUGCCACAAAGUUCCUCUGGAUCAGAGCAGAACAAAAACGUGCGAACAAGCUGUUUGUCCAAAGAUAUAGACAGCGACAUGUCGAAGAACUCCUGCACUACUGGGAGCGACUGGAGCUCAGACGAGGACGGAGGAGACAAUAAAGGACUGAAAUCCAGGUGUGCAUCGACUCUUUCAAGCCACACAUCUGAAGAGAAUGCAAGGUACAGUAGAGUGGGAAGUGAAAUGUAUUUGACAGCAUCUGAUGACAGCAGUUCCUUCUUUGAAGAUGAGAGUUUUGGUGUGCAGAGGACUCAGCACAAGAAGUUCUACUCCUGGCAGCAAGGGUCCCAAAGAAAAGGCCAGAACAAUCCAGGUGGAAAGUGCAACUCUGACUUCACAAGUAAAAAGAAAGAUCAAGAUAGUUCUUCAGAUGAACUGAAUAAGAAAUUUCAAUCUCAGAGGCUAGAUUAUUCAUCCUCAUCCAGUGAGGCAAAUACCCCAAGUCCAAUUUUAACCCCUGCUCUGACACCCAAACACCCAAUUCUAGCAACUUCUGCAGGUUCUCAAUGCACAACGCCAUCGGAUUCUCCCUCAAAUUUGCCACCUCCAAAGUUACGGACUCCUAAUGUGUUUAGUAUAAAUUCAGCAUUAGCAAAGAAACACCUAAGCCAGCCCCAGCUGAGUUCUGACAAAAUGUUUGGUAGAAAUAGAAAUGCCAUAAGCAUGAUACGUCCCUGGAGACCUCAGGAAACAGACAUUGAUCUGGUAGAUGGAGAAGAUACUGAUAUUUUAGAGAAAAUGGAGAUUGGCUGUGAUGAAGGAGUGUUUACCUAUGACUGCACUGAAGCACAAAAUGCUGAAGGUCAGGAACCUUGUGAUACCACAAAAAAGGGUGCUAGCAACAAACCUCCAACCCCUCCGUUACAUCGGUUUCCUUCCUGGGAAAGCAGAAUUUAUGCUGUAGCCAAAUCUGGUUUAAGGAUGUCUGAAGCUUUCACCACGGAAUCUCUUAACAAAAGUGCUGCUUCAUUAACUUCAUACUCCAUAUCUGGAUUAUAUACAUCUCUGAUAUAUAAGAACAUGACCACUCCUGUCUACACCACUUUGAAAGGGAAAGCAACUCAAAUAAGCAACAGCCCAUUUAUAGAUGAGUCGUCAGGAUCUGAGGAAGAAGACAGCUCUCGGUCCAGCUCAAGGACUUCCGAGUCUGAUUCUCGAAGCAGAAGUGGUCCAGGUAGUCCUCGGGCUAUGAAACGAGGUGUGUCUCUGUCUUCUGUGACCUCAGAAAGUGACUAUGCUAUUCCUCCAGAUGCAUAUUCAGUAGAUACAGACUAUUCAGAGCCAGAGCAGAAACUUCCUAAGACUUCUUCCUCAUCUAGUGAUAAUGGAAAAAAUGAACCUUUGGAAAAAUCUGGAUAUCUUUUAAAAAUGGGUGGUAAAGUAAAGACCUGGAAACGACGGUGGUUUGUGCUUAAAGGAGGUGAAUUACUAUACUACAAAUCUCCAAGUGAUGUCAUUCGAAAACCUCAAGGUCAAAUAGAGCUAAAUGCAUCUAGCCACAUUGAACGGGGUGAUGGAAAACAAACAAUUCAGCUGACCACAGAAAAACGAACAUACUACCUGACUGCAGAUUCUCCCAACAUCUUAGAAGAAUGGAUCAAAGUACUACAGAAUGUUCUUAAAAUACAGGCUGCCAGCCCACUUUUCAUACAGCCCGAAAUCAAGCCAACCAUGAAAGGAUUGCUUACAAAGGUGAAACAUGGAUAUUCCAAAAGAGUUUGGUGUACCCUAGUUGGAAAAAUUCUGUAUUAUUUCCGUAAUCAAGAAGACAAGUUUCCUCUUGGUCAAAUCAAGCUUUUUGAGGCAAAGGUUGAAGAAGUUGAUAGAUCAUGUGAUUCUGAUGAAGAUUAUGAGGCUAGUGGUCGCAGUUUAUUAUCAACACAUUACACUAUUGUUAUCCACCCCAAAGAUCAAGGACCCACUUAUCUUCUUAUAGGAUCCAAACACGAGAAGGAUACGUGGCUUUAUCAUCUGACAGUUGCAGCUGGAAGUACCAGUGUAAAUGUUGGAUCUGAGUUUGAACAACUUAUUUGCAAAUUAUUAAACAUGGAAGGUGAUACCACUUCUCAGAUUUGGAGACAUCCUACUCUUUGCCACAGCAAAGAAGGAAUUGCUUCCCCUCUUACAACAUUGCCAUCGGAAGCCUUGCAAACUGAAGCAAUUAAAUUAUUUAAGACCUGCCAGUUGUUUAUAAAUGCUGCAGUUGACUCUCCUGCCAUUGAUUACCAUGUAUCUUUGGCCCAAAGUGCUUUGCAGAUCUGCCUCACACAUCCUGAACUUCAAAAUGAGAUCUGUUGUCAGCUUAUUAAACAGACUAGACGUCGACAUCCACAAAAUCAGGCAGGACCAAUACAGGGCUUGCAGCUCUUGGCUCUCUGCGUCGGACUCUUUCUGCCCCAGCACCCAUUCCUUUGGCUUCUUAAACUUCAUUUAAAGAAGAACGCAGAUUCCAGGACUGAAUUUGGGAAAUACGCAAUAUAUUGUCAGCGAUGUGUAGAGCGUACCCAGCAGAACGGAGACCGAGAAGCCAGACCUUCCAGAAUGGAAAUCCUUUCCACUCUUCUAAGAAACCCCUACCACCAUUCAUUGCCCUUUAGUAUUCCAGUUCAUUUCAUGAACGGCAUAUACCAGGUUGUUGGGUUUGAUGCCUCUACCACAGUGGAGGAAUUUCUGAACACCCUAAACCAGGAUACAGGGAUGAGGAAACCAGCUCAGUCAGGAUUUGCACUGUUUUCUGAUGAUCCCUCUGGCAAGGAUAUAGAGCACUGUCUUCAAGGAAACAUCAAGAUCUGUGACAUUAUUUCAAAAUGGGAGCAAGCCUCCAAAGAACAGCACCCUGGGAAAUGUGAAGGCACAAGGACUGUCCGCCUUACUUACAAAAAUAGGCUUUAUUUUUCAGUUCAAGUCCAUGGGGAGACAGAGAGAGAGAAGCUGCUGCUAGUAUAUCAGACAAAUGAUCAAAUAGUCAAUGGACUUUUCCCUGUAAACAAAGAACUAGCGAUGGAAUUGACAGCCCUUUUAGCUCAGGUAGAGAUUGGAGAUUUUGAACGGCCUUUCUCAACUCCAGCAGGGCAAGUCACUUCCCAGUCCAAGUCCAAUCAAACAUUAAAACAAGUUUUGGAGAGAUUCUACCCUAAGAGAUACAGGCAUGGUUGUUCAGAGGAACAGUUAAGACAGCUUUGUCAGCGAUUGUCUACAAGAUGGAUGGCUCUCCGGGGGCACAGUGCUGCAGACUGCGUGCGCAUUUAUCUCACUGUAGCCAGAAAAUGGUCUUUCUUCGGUGCUAAAUUGUUUGCAGCAAAACCUCUAGCAGCAUCCUCAGUUGAAAAGUCCUUCAUAUGGUUUGCUGUACAUGAAGACGGCAUAAGCAUCCUAGAUUACAGCUCUAUGCGAUUAACAGUUACAUACACAUAUAAGAGUCUGAUGACUUUCGGAGGCUAUCAAGAUGAUUUUAUGUUGGUUGUUAAUAAUGCUCAGACGAAGGACAAAUCAACAGAAAAACACCUUUUUGCCAUGACAAAACCAAAGAUUCUUGAGAUCACCCUACUGAUUGCCAGCUAUAUUAACAACUUUCAUCAGCUGAAAGGAGCUGCUCAUCACCUCUCUGCUCCAGCAUUACUGACACCUCAGAGUGGACAGAAACUCAAGGAAAUGGGGAGUCAGCCACUUCUUGCAAACAACAGACCAACGAAAUGUCCCACUUUGUUAUGAAAGGAUUAUGUAUCGUGAUAAGGCAUCUUUGUUACAGGGUUUCUACACUGACUGAAAGCUUUUUGAUGUACAAGACAGAGAGCAUAAGCGGGUCUGUAAACAAGAGAAAGGCGGACAGGUUUACAUUCAUUUCAGUGGUUUAUAACAGGAGGAGCCCUUUAAUUAAAGCCCUGGCCUGAACUGGAAUGAUGACGAGCCAAUUUAAGGAUUGUGCUUUACUGUGGGUGGCUUGUGCCUACAGCUCAAAAAUAAAUGUGUCUGUUGAUAAUGAUGCGGAAAGGUGGCCUUGGGAACAGCUGUAUAGAUUUUAGUAGUUUUCCAGAUAUUUUCUCAGGGACCAAACUGUCUUCAACUCUUCAUGUCUAUUUUUCAAAAUUAUACUAAAGUUGUAUAACGUUCAUUUUGAAAAGGAAUUUUUGUUUCAAAAAAAAAAAAAAGUCAAACAGAAUAUUUUCCACUUCCAGCGUGCCUUCUUAUUUGCAAUACAAGCACCAUGGGACUAAAAGGAACAAAUUGUUGAUUUGUAUAAUUGUUUCUUCUUUAAAAAAAAAAAGGCACAUAAUGUAACUAUUAUAAAUUUAAAGAGUAUUCUCAUGAUACACUCUAGCCUUUGUUAUACAGCUAUUUUACUUGGCAAAUCUUCAGCCUUGGUCUGGUAAAUUUCUAAAUAAUCCCUCUCUGCCCCAGCCUUUUGGAAAAAUCUAAAUUGGACAGGCACUGUAUUUAGUAUAGUUUUGUUAAAGAAGACCCCAUACUUAAUUUCUUCUUUAAUCCAUAGUAAUAAUAUAAUACAGAUGCAAGACAGACUCACAAUUGAAAACACAAGAAUAACACAGAAAGACAUUGCUUGAACUGUUGUGUCUAAACUUGGAGACAUAUGCGACAUAAAAUCCAUGUAUAAUGUGUAUAAUGUAUAUACAAUGAUUCAGAAUAAUAUUUUGUAAAAGUUGUACUUCGUGUUUUUCAUUUGUAUCUAUACAUUUCAUAUCAUAAUGCUAAUAUAAUGUUCUUGCACACUGAAGACAUAAUGCUGCCUCAGUGCUACAUACGGUCAAAUAUAUAGAAAUUACACCCGUUUUUUCUUCCAAUCCUCAUAUUUUCACUUCUGUGCAAUGAAACCAUCUCUGCAGGCUCUGAAAUGGAUCAGCAGCAUACUCUAAUAGAUAAUUUAGGUCCAACCAUAGAGAAGGUAGUCAAAGAUAAAUCACUGAUUUAUAUUCAUUUCAUAAUUUCUACUUGGCUCAUGCAAAUGAUUAAUGGAUCGUUAAUCCUUUGCUGCUAGCCCUCAUCAUUUUGGAUUUUUUUAAUUACUUAAAACUGAAGUAAUUUCACAAUGAUGAAUUUUAAUAUUUGAAGGUUGAAAAUCAUCUUCUUCGUUUUAUGACAUUUGAACAUUUCAGAUAUAUACAUACUCAUACUGAGAGAAAAGGAAUUUUCAGCUGUUUGCCCUCUAUGAAAGGUAAGGAGUUUCCUCCUGAAGAAUUAAAAUAGGUUGGAAGGGAGAUACAGGUUCUGAGAAGAACAUGCUCUUAAAAAGUGGAAAGACAAAUUGGCAAGCUGAGUUGAUAAAUAAGUUUCUUCUCAAAGCUCUCAAAGCCCUGCCACAGCUACUUAAGUCUGCAGGACUCAAGCACUAUUUUAUGAAUGGCACUACGGGCCAAUGCUUUGUCUUGAAAAUGACAAGCAAAUAACAAGCAUACUGUAUCUAGAUGCUUUCACAUUUGCAAUGCGGGAAGAGCUUUGUGGUACCUUUUACCCUUUGGUGCUGGUUGUGGCACUAGAUCCUUCUCUUUCAACGAGGGAGGGCCAGCAGCAGGAGUUUUACCUCCUAGUGGGCGCCAUCAUCAAGGAAAGCAUAGUGGAAGCUACAUAAGACCUUGGCACCAACUGCAGCAUCUUUUUAUGCAGCGCCCCACAUGAAGUGAUGCUGAUACCAUGGUGAAAUUGAGUUAGGAAUUAACAUCCCUUUGCAACCAGCAGAACAGUUAACUUUCAGAGAUUUAAGGGGGGCAGGGUGUUUGCCAAUUCAAACAUGCUACUGCAUCGGUUAUAUUCAGGUCAUAGUCUAAACCUUCUCAAAUAUGAUGAUCAGAAACUUCGGUUUACAAAUACAAAAAUCUUCACGUCAUCAUGAAAUUAUGGUAACUGUCAACCUAAAAUACUCCAGCUAGUAAUUCUUUCCUAGUUGUCCAGUUGAAAGUGAAUGUGGCAUAUCAGGUUCUAUUAGAAGGCAAAAAAAGUGGAGCAUUUUGCUAGUGAGCUUGUUCACGUAGUUUAUAAAUCCUUUGUUAAAUUUGGAGACAACAUGAUGCACAAUACGAACAGCUAAUGUGCAGAUUUUGAGUCUUUUAAACAGUUUUCAUUAACACAGCUGUUUUAUAAAGCAGUAUAUAAUCUACGAAGUAUAGUAUGAUGUUCCUGCCUGCCUUUGGGUAGAUAACUCUAGACAUUGCUUUGCUUUUUAGUGUUAAGCUCUUGCUGUUGCAGUGUAUCUCUACAUCAUAUUGCCAGAAGCAAUCCACGCCUUAGCUUCCCUUUUUUUGGCAGCACUUUCCAGACUUACUACCACUAACUGCUCAUUAUAGGUCACCAUUAUCCCAUACAGUCACAUUAUGAGAAAUGCUGUGUUAAUUUUUAUGAAAUAAAUGCGCUCAGAAUCACAGUUACCAUGACAACACUACACUAAACAAUGAAGUUUCUUCCAGGAUUUUGAUCAGCACGAGUAAGGGUUCUGUAGUACGAUAGUAACCUCCUCAAGCAGACGCUUCCCUUCAAGUUAACAGAGUGAGCAAGUCUCUUACUUGCACAAGCACGCUUCAACAGCUCAGCUUGCAAACACAGCUAUGCAAGUCUCGGGGUGACUAUGUUAACAUAGCUCCACACAACAUGAGCAACACAACCAAAGCUGAAAAUUUCACAGUCCAGGUAGAUAAUUGUUCUGCCUUCUCCAUUCAGCCUGAGCCUUAUGAGUGAUCCACAUCUCAGUCUUAAUCUUGAGUCACCCACCAAAACAAUUCAUAGCGUGCUACCUAAUCCGUUACUAAAGCCCCGGUAGGAAUUAGACCUUUCUCACCUUCUA